AUGUCUGCUAGCAGAGGCCCUUCAUGGAUGUUAUCCUCCAUGGCUUUGCUGCUCCUCUGGAUUGGAUUCAUGUCCAACUGUGCAGUCGCAAUCCAAGGUCAACAGUACCCUGUGGUCACCACCAACUAUGGAAAGUUGCGGGGAGUGAAAGUCUCUUUACCUAACGAGAUCCUGGGACCAGUGGAACAGUAUUUGGGGAUCCCUUAUGCUUUGGCCCCAACAGGGGAGCGGAGGUUUCAGGCCCCUGAGCCCCCAAUGUCCUGGCCUGGUAUCAGGAAUGCGACGCACUUUGCUCCCGUUUGCCCUCAAUUUUUGGAAGAUCGCUUCCUACACAAUGAUAUGCUCCCUGUGUGGUUCACGGCCAACUUGGAUACAUUGGUAACCUAUGUUCAAGAGCAGAGUGAAGACUGCCUGUACCUAAAUGUCUACGUCCCCACUGAGGAUGAUAUUCAUGAUGAGAACGGCUUGAAGCCGGUCAUGGUAUAUAUUCACGGGGGCUCCUUCAUGGAGGGAUCCGGAAACAUGAUUGACGGCAGCAUCCUGGCAAGUUACGGAAAUGUCAUUGUCAUCACAAUCAACUAUCGUCUCGGUGUUCUGGGGUUUCUGAGCACCGGAGACCAGGCAGCCAAGGGCAACUACGGUCUGCUUGAUCAAAUUCAGGCUCUCCGGUGGAUCAAGGAAAACAUCCAGGCAUUCAAAGGAGACCCAAAACGAGUGACCAUUUUCGGCUCUGGUGCCGGCGCUUCAUGUGUCAGCCUGCUGACCCUCUCGCAUUACUCAGAAGAUAUGUUUCAGAAAGCGAUCAUACAGAGCGGCACAGCACUUUCUAGCUGGGCAGUCAACUACCAGCCCGCUAAGUAUACACGGGCCUUGGCCGAGAAGGUGGGCUGCAACAUGCUGGACACAAUAGACUUGGUCGAGUGCCUGCAGAACAAAAACUACAAGGAGCUGAUCGAGCAGUAUGUGACGCCGGCAAAAUACCACAUCGCUUUCGGUCCUGUGAUAGAUGGUGAUGUGAUACCGGACGAUCCCCAAAUCCUUAUGGAACAAGGCGAGUUUCUGAACUACGACAUUAUGCUGGGCGUCAAUCAAGGCGAGGGAUUUAAGUUUGUCGAUGGGAUUGUGGACAGUGAGGAUGGUGUCUCUGCCAACGAUUUUGACUUUGCUGUGUCUGACUUUGUGGAUCAUCUGUAUGGUUAUCCCGAGGGCAAGGACACUCUACGUGAAACAAUAAAGUUCAUGUACACCGACUGGGCAGACAAGGAGAAUCCAGAGAAUCGGCGCAAGACCUUGGUGGCUCUGUUCACAGACCAUCAGUGGGUGGCGCCGGCAGUUGCUACAGCUGACCUUCAUGCCCAGUAUGGUUCUCCCACCUACUUUUAUGCUUUUUAUCACCACUGUCAAAGUGACAUGAAGCCAAGUUGGGCUGACUCAGCCCAUGGUGAUGAAGUACCCUAUGUGUUUGGGAUCCCAAUGAUUGGCCCAACGGAUCUCUUCAACUGCAAUUUCUCCAAGAACGACGUGAUGCUGAGUGCUGUCGUCAUGACCUACUGGACUAACUUUGCCAAAACAGGUGACCCAAAUCAACCAGUACCACAGGACACAAAGUUCAUUCACACAAAGCCCAACAGGUUUGAGGAGGUAGCCUGGACCAAGUAUAAUCCCAAAGAUCAGCUCUACCUUCAUAUUGGUCUAAAACCCAGAGUCCGAGACCACUACCGUGCUACCAAGGUUGCCUUCUGGCUAGAGCUGGUGCCGCAUCUCCACAACAUCAAUGAAUUUUUCCAGUAUGUAUCAACCACAACCAAAAUACCUCCGCAGGACACCACCCCGUACCCUUACACCAAACGCUUCCCAGGCAAAAACAACUGGCCCUCUACCACCCGCCAUCCCGGGGUGCCGUCCAGCAACACCAAGCAUACCACAGACCAGCACAAAAACGAUGACUUCAUUGACGAAUCGAGCGUGUUGAUCGAGACCAAGCGUGACUACUCUACCGAGCUGAGCGUAACCAUCGCUGUGGGUGCCUCUCUCCUGUUCUUGAACAUACUGGCCUUCGCUGCACUAUACUACAAAAAAGACAAGCGCCGCGCCGAUUCAACGCCUCACGUCCCCACCCCGCAGCGCAACUUGACGUCGGUCGACGCGCCCUCUGCAGCCAAUGACGUAGCCCACCUGCAGAGUGAUGAGUUGAUGACCCUGCAGAUGAAGCAGCAGCAGCUAGAGCACGAGCACCAGCGCGAGUCCAUGCAAGUCCAUGACGCACUGCGCCUUGCCUGCCCGCCCGACUACACCCUCACGUUGCGCCGCUCACCCGACGACAUACCGCUGAUGACACCCAGCACUAUCACCAUGAUCCCAAACUCACUGGCUGGCAUGCAGCCGCUGCACAACUUCAAUACUUUUGGGGGCAGCCAGAACAGUAGCAAUCUGCCACAUGGCCACUCCACCACACGGGUAUAG